CUUGCAAGGUGCGGGAGGUCUCACCAGUCACCGCAUUGUUAUAAGCACUUGUUUGAAGCUCGUUUUCUGCGUCAGAAGCUCACAAUCUGAACUGGGUUGGGUUUAGAUUCUGUGGCGAAAAGGGGAGUCUACUCCUCUCGCAAUAUCAGAAUGGCUAAAGCAAGAUCAGGUCACUGGUUAAGCAUUCUGGCAUUUGCACUGAUCUUGCUCAAAACAGAAGGCUUCUAUGUGGGAAUUACUUAUGUGGAUAGUGCAGUAGCAAAAGGAGCAGUUUGCUUGGAUGGUAGCCCACCUGCUUACCACAUGGAUAAGGGAUUUGGUGCAGGGAUUAACAAUUGGUUGGUUCAUAUUGAGGGAGGAGGAUGGUGCAACAAUGCCUCAACUUGCCUUGCUCGUAGGGACAACCGUUUAGGUUCAUCGAAGCAAAUGGUGAAGCAAAUUGCUUUCUCUGGGAUUCUGAGCAACAAGCAAAAAUUUAAUCCGGACUUCUACAACUGGAACAAGAUCAAGGUUAGGUACUGCGAUGGGGCCUCCUUUACGGGCGAUGUAGAAGCAGUUGAUCCUAAGACUAAUCUUCACUACAGAGGAGCCCGGGUGUUUCUUGCUGUCAUUGAGGAUCUUAUGGCAAAAGGAAUGAAAAAUGCUGCAAAUGCUGUUCUCUCUGGCUGCUCUGCUGGUGGGCUGACUGCCAUUCUGCAUUGUGAUAAAUUUCGCGCUCUUCUCCCUGUCAGCACCAAAGUAAAAUGCUUUGCAGAUGCCGGUUACUUCAUCAACGCUAAGGAUGUUUCAGGAGCAGCACACAUUGAAGGCUUCUACAGUGAAGUGGUUGCAACACAUGGAUCAGCAAAGAAUCUGCCCCCAUCCUGCACUUCAAGUCUAAGACCAGGCUUGUGUUUCUUCCCACAAAACAUGGCUCAACAAAUCAAAACACCGCUUUUUAUCAUCAAUGCAGCCUAUGAUUCAUGGCAGAUAAAGAACAUCUUGGCACCGGGUGUUGCUGAUCCUCAUGGUACUUGGCAUUACUGCAAGCUUGAUAUCAAGGACUGCUCUUCCUCCCAACUUGAAGCCAUGCAAGAUUUCAGGGUGCAGUUUCUUAGUGCAAUCAAAGGACUGAUAGGCUCCCCCUCCAAAGGAAUGUUCAUAAACUCCUGCUAUGCCCACUGCCAAACCGAAAUGCAGGAAACAUGGCUGAGGGACGACUCCCCAGUACUUGGAAAAACAACAAUUGCAAAGGCAGUAGGAGACUGGUACUAUGACCGGAGUCCAUUCCAGAAGAUAGAUUGUGCCUACCCUUGUGACUCUACUUGCCAUAACCGGGUUUUUGAUCCUCACGAACACCCAGAAUUAUAGACAGAACCCAUCCAAAACUAUAGAUAUUCUUGAUGAACAAGGAGGAAGAAAAAAUCCUCAGUGAUUGAUCAAGUCUUUAAAAUAAGCUAAGGCCAUCACUGCACUGAAAAAAUAUGUGCAAGGUGUCUUCUGUUAGUGUUUAUGGAAUGACUUAUUAUUAUUAUUAUUAUUAUUAUCCCAUCAAUAAAAUCAAUAUAUUCCAUCUUA